AUGUCCGUGGUUCCAACCCGACCUCAGCCUCUCGACUUCCCCUGUCUAGGCUUGGGCAACCUGGCAGUAUCCGAGCCGUCGUGCUUCCAAUAUAGUCAUUCGGGUUGCAUGGCAGCUAGGCACCGAAAGUAUGUUACAGCUGAACGAUUAUCUGAUUAUUACUACUGGGCCAGUUCUGAGGUUAAGCAUGAUUUCCGCUCCGUAGAUGCGAGGAGCCAGCUCAUCAGGACCACUAUAGACCUGAAGAUUAAAGGGUUCUUCCCGAGUGGCCAUUUUAUUCUGGAAAUUAGACGUUCUCCUAGAAAUGAGCUGAUGAACCCACAUUGGUUGUCGCUCUCCAAAAUUCCAAGGAUUUUCUGUGCUCGGCAGCAUAACUACAUUUCGUCAACCAUGACAGAUAAAAUAAUUUCUCUUUCCGAAGCUGCCGCUCAGCUCCCACAAAUUGUCCAGCUUCUCCGAUCCGGUGCAGUGGUCGCCGUGCCAACAGACACCAUCUACGGUGUUUCUUGUUCCGUACAUUGUGAGCAAGCUAUAAAACGGAUCCACCAGCUCAAAGGUCGCCCAAUGAAUAAACCGAUGGCGAUCUGUCUGGACGAGGUUGAUUCUAUACCGUACUGGUGUGAUACGACUGGUUUGCCACAAGGACUUCUUAACUCACUCCUUCCCGGUCCGGUGACUUUGCUACUCCCGAAACAUUCAUGCGAUCCUCUAAAUGCACACCUCAAUCCCGAUGCCCACCUCGUUGGUGUACGAGUUACAGAUCAUGGCUUUGUACGGGAUCUAUGUGCCACCAUGGGACGAUUGGAAACCAACGGAUUCCGUUCCGUUGGUCAUCCUUUGGUCCUCACUUCGGCCAACCUAAGUGGCAAUGCGUCCGCUUUGAGAAUUGAGGAGUUUUCAACAAUUUGGCCGGAACUAGACCUCAUCGUUGACGGAGGUCCCAUCAGCACUUGUGCAAAAGAAUCGGCUCGUUCUGGGUCUACUAUCGUUGAUCUGUCCAGUGCAUCGAAAGGUCUUUAUCAUAUCGUUCGACCAGGCAGCGCGUUCAAUUCCACAGUCCAAAUACUGGAGAACGGUUAUGGCCUGCGCCCUUACAAUGAUGCCUGAUGCAUUUUUGUCAUGCCAAGUUCAGCUGCUAAUCGGCGUUCGCUCCUAUUUUCUCCUCCCCGUUCUCUACUGAUUCUUUUCUACUUUGAUCAUGUGGUUAUCGAAUAGAUUCUUCCUGUU